GCAUUCGGGCAAGAAUUUCCCAUGAUAAAGAGCUUGCAACAAAACGGAAGAUCCCGUGCAUGCCACGGGCCUUUGGCAAGUCAUCGACGAGAGCUCAGACAGAAACUAAAGAGCGUACAGUAGCAACUUGCUCGGUCGUCGCCGAUGCGACGAGCAUGAUCUCAUGCUCUCUAAGCGUCCCUCGUCCUCGAGCCUCUUCUCUUCUGCAUUCUCUUCAUCGCCAGCGGCACGUUCCCACCCACCAACCAGGCCCCACUGUUCCUCGACGACCACCUCGCCGCCGUGUCCGGAGACUCCCAAGCCUUCCAUCACGGACCAAUGCAUCGCGCUGUUUCAGUCCCGCGCCCCCUCCCUACGCGAGGUGAAGCAGAUACACGCGUUCUGCGUCCGACAGGGUGCUCCGCUCGCCGACCCAGACCUCGGGAAGCACCUCGUCCUCAAGAUCGUGUGCGCCUCUGGGCCCAUGGGCUAUGCCCACCAGGUGUUUGAUCAAAUUCGGUGCCCAAGUAUCUUCGCUUGGAACACCAUGAUCAGAGGCUUCGCUGAGAGCGAGGAUCCGAGGCCGGCGACCCAGUUGUACCGCAGGAUGCGCGCGUCUGGUGUCCAACCAGACACGCACACUUACCCGUUUCUUCUGAAAGCCAUUGCUAAGUCAACGGACGUGAAGGAAGGCGAGCAGGUACAUUCUCAUUGCAUAAAAGAUGGGUUCCAGUCGUUGAUCUAUGUCCAGAACACUUUGGUUCAUAUGUAUGCUUCGUGUGGUGAUUCGGAGAGCGCGUACAGGCUGUUUGUAUUAAUGCCUGAAAGAGAUCUUGUGGCUUGGAAUACUGUGAUUAAAGGGUUUGCGCUAAAUGGGAGACCUAAUGAGGCUUUGACACUUUUCAGAGAUAUGGAGCUGGAGUUCAUUGAGCCGGAUGGUUUUACCAUGGUUGGCUUGAUCACUGCUUGUGCUGAGCUUGGGGCUUUGGCAUUGGGCCAGAGGAUACAUGUGUAUAUGACAAAGGUAGGUCUGACUAAGAAUUUGCAUGUUAAUAACACCCUUUUGGACCUCUAUGCAAAGUGUGGCAGCAUAAGGGAGGCCCAGAGAUUGUUCAAUGAGAUGUGCGAGAAGAAUGUGGUAUCAUGGACAUGUUUAAUUGUUGGGUUGGCAGUUAAUGGAUUUGGUAAAGAAGCACUUGAGCUUUUCAGUGAAGUGGAAAGAGAGGGAUUGGUUCCGACAGAGAUUACUUUUGUCGGAGUUUUGUAUGCUUGUAGCCACUGUGGGUUGGUUGACAAGGGUUUUCAAUACUUCCGUCGGAUGAAAGAGGAGUUCCAUAUUGUGCCUCGGAUUGAACACUAUGGUUGCAUGGUUGAUUUAUUGGGUCGGGCAGGUUUGGUGGAGCGAGCACGCAAAUUCAUACGGGAUAUGGAGUUGCGACCCAAUGCAGUAAUUUGGAGGAUCUUAUUGGCUGCAUGCACAAUACAUGGGCAUUUGGCUUUGGCAGAGGCUGCAAGAGCCGAAAUCUUGCAGUUAGAGCCUAAACAUAGUGGGGACUAUGUGCUGCUCUCAAACCUUUAUGCUUUGGAGCGUCGUUGGUCGGAUGUGCAAAAAGUGAGGAAGGAAAUGUCAAAUGAAGGAGUUAGGAAAGCUCCUGGGCAUAGCCUUGUUGAGUUGGGCAAUAACGUUCAUGAAUUUACUAUGGGCGAUAAAUCUCAUCCUCAGAGUGAGGCAAUAUAUUUGAAGCUAGCAGAAAUCACAAAGUUGUUAAAAUUGGAAGGUUACGUCCCUCACACUGUAAACGUGUUUGCAGAUAUAGAGGAGGAGGAAAAGGAGAAUGCUUUGUCUUAUCACAGCGAGAAGAUUGCAGUGGCAUUCAUGCUCAUCAACACUGGACCAGGUACUCCUAUUAGGGUUGUGAAGAAUUUGAGGAUAUGUGCAGAUUGUCAUUUGGCAAUCAAACUGGUUUCGAAGAUUUACGAUAGGGAGAUUGUUGUGAGGGAUCGUAGUCGAUUUCAUCAUUUUAGGGGUGGGGCUUGUUCUUGUAAGGAGUAUUGGUAAAUUUCAGAAUCAUCAUUUGGACAAGUCUUACCUAUUCAACAAAACUAAUAUGAUCCUCACUUGAUGAACUAAA